CAAAACCCACUACUCCUAGAAGCCAGUGCCAUGAAAACUGUGUUUAGUGGCUUCACUAGAUGGCAUUGAGGCAAGGUUUGUGAGUGUAUUUAGCACAACGGUAUUAGCGCGUACUUAUAAGUCAUAACCGGCCUUAGGCUCGUGCCAGGCUCAACUAACGACUCGCCAGAGACAGAACUGGGGUCGAAAUCGACAGCGCGACAGGAAAAUGCCGCCGCCUCCUUUCCGCCGCAUCCGCUCCCCUAACCGCGACGGCAACUUUAGACGCUCACUGCCGCUGUGUUCUACACGCUCUCGACUGCUGCUGGGGCUCCUAAUCGCGCUCCUUCAGCUGACCGUUAUUUCCGUCGUCGAAUCGUUAGCACCAGCCGCCCCGACGCGGAAGGCUCCCAUCAGAUACGCCUUCACCAGAGGAGCCGCCCUCUCGCGGGCAGAUGAAGCCACUACCAGCAGAAGCCCCGAUUUGCGCCAAAGGAGGGUGCUUCAAGAGACGGACACGACCGUCCGUCCCUCGGGAAUAGCGCGCGUGUAUAAUGCAAGCCAAGAAACGCCUGGAGACGGACUCACAGCAGCCGCAGCAGCAGCAGCAGCAGCAGCAGAAAUGCCUUCAGAAUCCUCCCUGCUACCACCAGCAGCAUCAGCAGCAUCGCCUGGCAGCAGCCUGCCAUUCACCCCUCGGAGCAUCGAUUACCACUGGGAUGACACCGACCCUGACCAAAUGGCCUUCUGUGCGGCUUCACCCGCCCACUGCGGCGUGAUGCACGCGCCUGUGGGGGUGUACAUCGUGUGGUACGGGGCCAAGUUCACAGAGGAACAGAAGGAUAUCGUCCGACUGUUCGUUGCGUCCCUUAACGCGGACAAUAAGACCGACGCUGCUGCUACAGUUCCCAACUGGUGGGCCAUCAACACGCUAUACUUCGACCAGCAAGGCCGAAACAUCUCCUCCACCGUGACUGUAAAGGGCGAAACCCACGACACCAACUACUCCCGCGGCACCAUGCUGCUGCACGCUGACGUGGCAGAGCUCGUCCAAUCAGCCGUCGGCAACAAGUCCCUGCCGUACGACCCUGCCGGGGUGUAUUUUGUCCUUUCCGACGAGGACGUGUCACAGAUGGACGAUCCGAGUGAUCUGGGCGGCGCGGGAUACGCGCUGGCGUUCUGCUCGCACUACUGCGGGUGGCACUCCUUCGCCCAAGGGCGGGACGGGAAGGCGAAGGAGCUGAUCAUCUCGUUUGUGGGGAACGCGGUAAAUCAGUGCCCAGACAAAUGCAUACCAUCAUAUCUGAACCAGCCCGGGGCGGUGCCGCCCAAUGGCGAUGCGGGCAUGGACGGCAUGGUGUCUGUGUUGGCGCAUGAACUCGCGGAGGCCACCAGCAGCCCCUUCCUCGCCACGUGGUUCGACGCCCAGGGCGAGGAGAACGCCGACAUUUGCUCCUGGAGUUAUGGCGACGUGGUUUCUGAUAUGGCCACGGGUGUGCAAUACAACCUGGUUGGGAAAAAUGGUGCACAGUUCCUCGUGCAAGCGAACCUAGACCCCAGAGCUGGAAGUUGUGCCAUCUCACCUAUCGAUGUCAGCUCAUCCAUCGUGGGUGAUCCCACUGUUGUGGGGACGCCUCCAAGCGUGGAUGUGCCGGAAGAAGAGCCACCUCCAUCGCCACCAUCUUUCCUUGAGAGAUUAGUAGAUUUCAUCACAAGCCUGUUCGGCUUUUGAUUAGUGAAUUAUUAUCCACAACACUAUUUUUAUCGUGUUCGGUCUGUCUGCUCCUGGCGGUGGGCACUGUCGGAAUUACUGUAGGCAGUCGUUUGAGUCAACCCACA